UUCAUUGACGCUGGGAGAUUAGAGCUCUUCAAAUGUAAAACCUUUUCGUGCACUGUGGGUUGUUUGUACAGAUUAUAAGGAACAAUUGAACAACGUGAAGUCUCCACAAUGAUCUGUAUACUGCUGGUAGCCGGGCACGGCACCGUUUUAGAGACUCAGAUUAAGAAUGAUGACACAGGCUUAUACAGCCACCUGACCGGAGUACCGAAGGCCUUACUUCCUGGUACUGGAGGAAAGAAGAUUCUUGACUUUUGGUGGGAAACUGUCAACAUGCGGCAGCUGUUCACAGAGGUGUUUCUAGUCACAAAUGCAGACAAGUAUAAGCACUUUGAGCGCUGGGCCACAGCUAAUGACUUCCCGCUGGAAAACCUGGUGAAUGAUGGCAGCACUACGUUGGAGGACCGCCUUGGUGCUGUGGCCGACCUGCAGCUGGCCAUACGCAGCCGCAAGCUUCAGGACGACAUCAUGGUGAUUGCAGGAGACAUGCUGUGUGCAGACCAGAACUUUGACAUCGCUCAAGUUAUCCGUUUCUUCAGGUCACAGACUGGAGAGCUGAUGAUCUACUACGAGCUGGAGGAAAGUGAGAAACGCAGCUCCAGAGGCAUUGUGGAAGUCUGCCCUGAAACACAUAGGAUAACUCGCUUCUUUGAGAAACCGCAGGAUGGGCUGACGGCGUCCCGGCUGGCCAGCGUGGUGUUCUACUGCUUCAGGAGAGACACACUGUCCUACCUGUCUGACUUCCUGAACCUGCAGCCUCGAGCCACAGACAGGACCUUCGGACAACUCUGGGAGUGGCUCAUUAAUGAGAAACAACUGGACGUGUUUGGGAUGAAGCUCGCACCGGCUUCCAGCUCAUUGGACAAGUG